AUGGCGCCAAAUGCCAGUCCCAAAGGUCUCCUUCCCGCCACGCCAUACAGAAUCAUCUGCCUCAACCCCGUCCAAAAGCUCACUCUGCCUCGCCACACGCCAUGCUCCACAUUAGCCAUGCCUCGCCAAGCAGCCAACCCUGCAACCUCUGAUCCCAUCCUGAGCACUAGUCUUCUUGAAGACGAAGCCCGUGUAUGGUUCUGGAGCACAGAUGGAAUGGCGAGCACUCACCUUGCCUUCAAACGCGCCCAAGAUCCAAUUUCUAACCACCAAGUUCGAAUUUCGUUGAAGGCAAAUGUUGAGGCGUUAAAAAGGGCGGGAUGGAAUGGGACCUCAGCACUGGAAAAGUUUCACCGAGGUGCUUGGGUUUCUGCGAAUGUCAAUACCAAGAUAGCUGUUGCUCCGGGGGCAGUAGUCACCAAACGGGCGCGAGAUGAAGAAUUAUUGCCAAAGCAGCGUAGGAAGAAGAGAGGAAAUACGACUGUUGGUGUUCGUGCUGCAACCGAAUCCGACUACGACGAGGCCGCAACUUCAGAUGUCUCACAAGCAGCGUCAACGUCUCAAUCUGUCCCUUAUACCGCCCCACGGAAACGACAGACCAAGGCAAAAGAUGUCGAAGCUCGCUGGAAUGAUGAAGUCAAACCACAAGAUACACAACCUCCUCCCCUCCUCCCUGAUUUGCUUGUUUCUGGCUCUGAAAUGCCAACGAGCGAGAAAAUCACAAAUCCUUCAGCUGUGAAACAGGGACAAGCAGCUGCUAUGAGCGCUAUCCUCCCCCUACUCCCAACUGUGCAGAAGUAUAUUCUUGCUGGUUUUACCCACCGCGGGCUUGGGGCGCAGCCUUGCCAGUGCGGCCAGGAGCAGCCGACCUUUCGCUGCCUCGAUUGCUUCAACUCACCAUUGUGGUGCUUGUCAUGUGUAGCGCAAGUGCACCAGCUCACACCGUUCCAUCAUAUUGAGGAAUGGGAUGGCCAACAAUUCGCUCGGCGUCAUUACCAGCAACCUAUUCCCAUUCAUCCGGGUUUUGGCGGUCGAGAAUGCCCUCACACUAGCCAGACCUCACGCCCACCCCGUACGCCGCUCACGAUCUGUCAUGAAACAGGACUGCAAGAAGCCACAAUUCAGUGGUUUCGUCUGUUCCCCGCAUCGUUUAAGGAGCCCCGUACAGCAUUUACCUUUGGGGUUUUGAAGCAGUUUCAAGUUCAUAUGUUGGCUUCAAAGAAAUCGGCAUAUGAUUAUAUCAAGGCGCUCUGUCAAUUGACGGAUAAUGAGGCUCCUGAUGCCGUCGAGAAGCGCUAUCGUGAAUUUCUCUUUGCUUGCAGACUUUGGAGAUAUCUGUCGCUUGAACGCCGCACGGGCCAAGCACAUACCUUCGAUCAACAUGUCCCACAUCGACGACCUCAUAGUCUUGCCCUGCGCUGCCCAGCGUGUCCGGAGAUUGGUUUCAACAUAACUGCAGAGACUAUGGACAGUGCUCUGGAGACGGAACGCCACAAGUACACACUCUUCGUUUCUGCCGAUGGCAACUUCAAACUCCAGCGAAAGAACAAGCGCGAUGAUCCUAAUGGCAUCGCAUUGAAUGGUGGUAACGCUUUUUUCGGGCCAAAGCACAAAACGGCCGCAUAUGUGGAGAAGAUGCCGAAGAGUGAGGAUCCUGGGACAUACUCCCAUCUCAAGGCCAGCAAAAUGCAGAAUACCGCAAAAUUCAAGAAUUGUGUCAUCAGCGGUGUCGUUGCAAUCCAGUGCGGCCGACAUGGUUUCUAUUUACCACAAGCAAUGAUUGACCUACUCAAGGGAGAAGGAUUUGGCUAUACCGACUUUGCUCUCAAAUAUGGACUUGGCACCGAAGCACACGGCCUUCGCUGGAUUAUGCUCACCUACGACAUCUGGUGUCAAUACCGUAUCAAGCUCCUUGAGCGAAUCCGUGCUCACUUUCCCGAAAUGCUUCCGAUUUUCGAAAAAGUUGAUGGGGCAAUUGGGAAGCUUCAUGUGCUUACCCACCAGCAGAAAUGCGAAGGCAAGGAAGGAGGGCACAGCCACGGACCAUAUAAGGCAAUUUGA